AUGGCGAUCAUUUAUCCCACUCUAGAGGACCAAGAAAAACUUGUUCAAUUUGCGACACGUUUUGUAAGAUGUUCUAGUGAAGACAUUAAACUUCUUGGGACCACUUGUGCCUCUCUUAUUGCGGAUGUUGUAGUUAUCAACGAGUUCAUCUUAAGUUCAUCCACUUCUUUCUUUAUUGAUGCAUCAGGACCGCAGACGAGAUCAGAUGUAGCGUUUCCGCCCAUCCAUUACUGCCGCGGUUACACACCACCAGUUCUUUUGUCUUCUUCAAAUGUCACUUCGACAAUGUGUGAUCUGUUUUAUCGUACUGAGGGAUUAUUUCGUCCUCAUGAAGCGUCACUGCGGGCGUUGCAACUCAGACUGCAACAAGGUAAGGCUGCCAUGACGAAACUAAAUGAGAAAUAUAACUAUGCCUUCACUGUGGUGACCUUUGGUAAAGGGGGGCAAGGGAUGAUUGUGAAAGGUGAGACGAGCGCAGCUGGAACGGAUAUAAGUGUACAAACCGUGUCGGCAACAGAGCAGGCGCCGGAAGUUUCUAGCAACAAAACUAUUUCAAUCAACGGAGGAUCGGAGGAGUGUGGUAAAGAUGGGCGCCGUGUAUAUGUAAUCUUUAUGAAUUUUUUGCAGACAUUUGAUCUUUUCAUCUCGUGGGUAUCGAGUCUUGUGGGAAUUUUGGACGGAGAAGGAGCUGCUCCAUCAUCUGGGACGUAUGUCGUACACGACCAACCGGAAAAGGAGACCACAGUGGAAGAGGAUGGAAGUAAAAAAAAUGAUGAUGAGCACAUACAUACGAGAGAUAAAUUAAGGACAAUAUCACCUGCACAGGCGUGUGAUGCAUCACCCACAAAAGAGCCACUGCAAGAAGAGGCAAAGGGCUUGGCUGUGCCAUCUCCCUCUUCUGUUGGCAAUGCAUCCUCUACACGACCGCGACGAUCACGAAUAAUACGCGUCACAAGAUAUGAGUUGCAUGACGUUAAUAGCAUAUUUCGGUUGUUUCAGACCCAAGCGAGCCUUUUUUAUUUACUGGAGUACACAUUUUAUGAUCCUCGUCUGCGGCGGCGCUUACUUCUCCCGGAAUAUUACCGGGCGCUAAGGGAAACCAUUCGUGACAUUGGCCUCGAAAUAGAGCGACUUCAGCAACAUAAGGAUUCAUUAAGUAAAGAGCGUUCAAUUGGCAGAAUAAUCAUCUUUUCUCCCACAAUUUGCGAAUUUCGCUACAUCCGAGAUACUCUUCGCUUGUAUUGGAGCUUAUGCAUCGUUGAGGACGACAUUACAGCUCUCCACUAUCACCGCAUGCAGUACAACAAAUGUGUAUUGGAAGUGGGUGAUGUGAUAAAGAUGCUGAAGCAACUACACCGUCCACCAGCAUCUGUUGCCACUGAUAUUAGUAGUAGCAAUUUCGAUAAUUAUAAUGGUAAUAAUAGCGCCCCCCCUUCCUCCUCGAAGGACUGGGUGCUCACACCAGAAGAACGUGGUGCAAUAGAAGCAGGGUUUGAGGAUUUUUGGUGUAUCCGAGAGCGCGUUCUUAAGCUGUGUGAAUCACUCACGAAAGAUAUACAGGAGAAGGACCGUACACAUCGCUAUCGAAUGCCCGCGCUACCUCCACCACCGCCCACUGCGGCCACAAGAGAUGCUGAGAAAGGCGGUAAUUUUAAACAAUGGAUGUUGUCAACAGUGAACGCAUGGAAGCAAAUAGUGACCUGCGGUGUGGAAAUUUCUGAAGUUUCAUCAACCUUGGAGCGUGACGAUGGCAGAUUCUUACUUUCCACUCAUUCGCCACAGUACGAGUCGAAGGUGGGACUGCUGCAUCUCGUGCAGCGGUUGGUUACAGCUGUAGAAGCACAGGGCACAAUACUUGAGCGUGAUUUCCCGGGCACGUUCUAUAGAGAUGCGAAGACGAAGUGGUCGCAACGGGCAACUGGCAUCGUACGCUAUUUGGAGUCUGUGAGUGUUGUUUUUUCCCCUCCUGGGUAG